AUGUCAAUAUCGAUACGAGAUUACAUACGUUGGGGCUCCGAAGAAGCCAGCGAGCCCACCACUACACUCGUUCUCACCUCACCCGAACGACGCUUCGUCGACAUCCGGGUAUUGAAAGCCAAAGACAACGACGAAGCGCAGUCACAAGACACAAUCGGAGCCGACCUCCUCCCUUUCACCCGCCUCGACUGGGCCUUCGCCGGCACCUCAGAGUCCGAAGUCCGCCUCACCGCUGCGAAAUCCAGCGCUCAGGAAGCCUCCGGCCACGUCCACUCGAAAUGGCAUCACUGGAUCUCCUCUCGCACAAGGAACGUCGACGGCAUCGUAGACGAAGGCGACAUGUUCCCGCAACCCGACGGCCGCACGCUGGAAACAGGAAGCAUGGUGAAUCCGGCUAGCGGGAAGGUGGAGGCGUAUGAGGAGAUGUGGGCGGAUCCGGAGCCUACUGGUGCUGGGGAGGAGGGGAAGGUGUGUAAGGUGUUGAUUUUGCGUGAUGAGGCGCACGAGGCGAGAGGGAUGGUUGUGAGGGUGGGGCAGUUUUGUCAAGGUGUGCUGAGGAUUGGGGAGGCUUUUGCGUUGGAGAGGUGGGGUUGGAGGGAGCAUGGGGGUUGGAGGAGGGAGGUGAGGAUGGGGGACUUGUGGUUGCCUUGUGGUGUGCCUUGCGAUGGGGAGAGGGUGAAGUUGGGUGGGGAGGUGAAGUAUGGGGAUCACGUUUGGAAGUGUGUUGAGUUGGCUGAGCUGUGA